CGGAAUUUCCGUCCCUCACGGCCAUUUUGACUUCCCGACCUUGGGCUACUGCGGGCUGCUGUCCGUAGUCGUUCCGUGCAGCUAUGUCUUUGCCCGCGGUGCAGCUGCUGAGGGGCCUGACGGGUCUCACCCGGAGGCUCCCGGUGCAGCGUGCCCAGAUGCAUUCCAAGCCGCCGCGGGAGGAGCUCGGGACCAUGGAUGUCGCUGUUGGGCUCACCGCCUGCUUCCUGUGUUGCCUCCUGCCAUCGGGUUGGGUGCUGUCGCAUCUGGAGAGCUACAAGAAGCGGGAGUGACGGGGGCUGUCCUGUCCCUCACCCUGUGACCUGACCACCCCGGCCUCUCCUGAUCAUGUCUGCUGCAUUCCUGGCCGAAUCAUGUCCUUCAAUUACAGUGACCUCUUCCUCAAUCAUGACCUUUCCAUUUCUCCAUGGUGACAUCCUGGGACCACGUAUAUCGAUUUGAGGCCCUUCUGGGUAGGGCCCUCCUUGUGACAAUAAAGUCUACUUAAACCUUG